AUGAGAAGAAAGGCCAAGACCAAGCCGCUGCCCAGGCACUCCACUGCCCUCCUCAGUGCAGCAGCCACCAAGCCCAGCACCAAGCUGCUGCCCACGACCUCCACUGCCGCCCUCAGUGCAGAAGCCACCAAGCCCAGCUCCAAGCCGCUGCCCACAACCUCCACUGCCACCCUCAGUGCAGCAGCCACCACACCCAGCUUCAAGCAACUACCCAUGACUUAUAGUGCCGCCCUCAGUGCAACAGCCACCAAGACCAGCUCCAAGCAGCUGCCCAACACCUCCACUGCCGCCCUCAGUGCUGCAGCCACAAAGCCCAGGAGCAAGCAGAUGCCCGCCACCUCCAGUGCCACCCUCAGUGCAGCAGCCACCAAGUCCCGCUCCAGGCAGCUGCCCACGACCUCCAGUGCCACCCUCAGUGCAGCACCCACCAAACCCCGCUCUAGGAAGCUGCCCACCACCUCCAGUGCCACCCUCAGUGCAGCAGCCACCAAGCCCUGCUCCAGGCAGCUGCCCACCACCUCCAGUGCCACCCUCAGUGCAGCACCCACCAAGCCCUGCUCCAGGAAGCUGCCCACGACCUCCAGUGCCUCCCUCAGUGCAGCAGCCACCAAGCCCUGCUCCAGGCAGCUGCCCACCAUCUCCAAUGCCACCCUCAGUGCAGCAGCCACCAAACCCCGCUCCAGGCAGCUGCCCACCACCUCCAGUGCCGCCCUCAGUGCAGCAGCCACCAAGCCCAGCUCCAACAACAAUGGCACAGGGAGUGGAGGCCCAGGGGCCCCCACAUCAGAGGCACCUGCCAACCUGGACAAGAAGAAGGUCAUCCAGACCAAGGUUUUGGGAACAGUAAAAUGGUUCAAUGUAAGGAACGGAUACGGUUUCAUCACAAGAAAUGACACCAAGGAAGACGUAUUUGUGCACCAUAUGGCCAUAAAGAAGAACAACCCGAGGAAGUACUUUCACAGUGUAGGAGACGGAGAGACCGUGGAGUUUGAUAUUGUUGAAGGAGACAGGGGCGCGGAGGCAGCAAAUGUUACAGGCCCUGGUGGAAUCGCUGUUCAAGGCAGUAAAUAUGCGGCAGACCGGAACACACGCUGUGCAGAUCAGAGGGGUCCUCCAGGCCAUCACCAGCAUAACUGCCAGAACAGCCAGAGUGAGGAAAAGAGUGAGGGAGGGAAAAGCUCUACUGAAGGCCAGGCCCCACAGCGCUGGCCAUUUCCUGAGCGAGGGUCCGCACCUUUCACUAUGAGGAGACGCUGUGGGCGCCGACCACAGUGUUCCAGCCGCCCUGGGCAAGGAAAAGCGAUAGAAGGUGCUGACAAGCAGGGUGCACGAGAGAAAGGCAGACCGGUGAGACCGAAUAUGUAUCAGGGCUACACACCAAGAUCCCGCAGGGGCCCUCCUCGCCAAAGACAGCCUAGCGAGGACCACAAGGAAGAGGACAAGGAACAUCAAGGAGCCUCUGAGACCCAAGGUCUGCAGCCACCUCAAGGUCGGCGUGGCCGCAACUUCACGUACAGAUGCAGAUACCCGGAGCUCCCUAAACCACAAGCUGGCAAAGAGACAAAGGCAGCAGAUCCACCAGCUGACAAUCUGCAGGCUCCCCAGGCUGAGCAGGGCGGGGCUGACUAA